AUGGCACGGCCAUCGGCAGAGACUCGACAUCUCUUUCUUCAAGUCUAUCGCUUUUUAGACGAAAGCUCAGCACAGUUACAUCGGGGUCGCAGGACGCUGAGCCAGGGACUUCUUAGCACAAUUGACGCGGAUUCUUCCUUUAGUUUCACGGAUACCUUCCAACCGACUUUUCCUUCGAAAUGGAAAGUCACGUCGUUCAGGUUGAUUAUAUCCAAGUGCCGCGACAAACCAUUACCUCCUUUUUCUCCGUUUCCUCCUGCCACCUUCGUAUCUCAGCAACGUGAUCGCGGAUGGGCUUGGAUGAUCCUGAUGGCAUCUUUUAUGGCCCAGCUGCUGAUCGAUGGCACCUUCAGCUGCUACGGCAUCUUCUACGUGUCCAUGCUGAAUGACAGCGAGUUUUCGGUGGGCAAUUAUACUCGUGGGCAGAUGACUAUGCCUGGAGCUCUGCAGCCCUGCUUUUUUUUGCUCUCGGGUACGUGCCUACUGGCUCGUGGAGGCAGUACUAAAGAAAUGAACCUUCGUUCAUGCGCGUGUCGGCAAUCGGAGGUGAAGUGUGAUGGCGUUCUGGUCAGUCCGCUCAUCAACAAAUAUGGCUUUCGCAAAGUCGCUUUUCUUGGCAGUCUUCUUGGCGCCGGUGGAAUGGCAGUCUCCUCCCACCUUAGCAAUCUGCAUCUAUUCAGCCUUUUCUUUGGAUUUCUGUCUGGCUCUGGCCUCGGUGCCCUAUUCCUCUGUGCCAUCGUUGUGGUCAACUUCUACUUUGAUCGGUUUCGCGGCCUUGCCUCCGGCUUGGCCAUGUCUGGCGCCGGAGUCGGCUAUCUGCUAUUGCCGCUGAUAACGAAUGGUCUGAUCAACGGGCUCGGCUGGCGAUCAGCCCUCUUCGUGUUCUCCGCCAUCUUCCUGAUUGCGUCUCUGCCGAGCCUACUCACUUUCCGGCCGAUAGUCGUCUUGUUGCCGGACGUCGGGAAAUCCCGCAAAGCCAACGCGUCGAUCGAGAGCGACCAGAUUGGCCUCAAUCGAGUGAAUCGGUAUUCGCUUUCUUCCUUUCCUGCGGAAGAGGAGGACCAAGCCUCUGCUCACUCAAGGCUGGCUUCUUCUGGCGACGAGAAGACGUCCAAGGCCGAUUACUCUGGCCGAGGCGAGGCACUCGACGAGGAGGCUGUUAAAGAGUACGAGGCUGCAUGUGUUUUCGGAAACUUGCUUGGCAUCUCUUAUUCCCUGCGAAAUGUUGCCCCGAAAAGAUUGGUUGCUCUGUCUCACCGGCAACCGAGGCUCGGGAUCUCCCUUUUCUGGUUCGUUGAUUUGACUCUGCCUAUUGCCAGCACCAACUUGUUCUUGAUUCGAGAUAGGCAUGGCCGCGUGCCCAGCUUUAGAGUUUCAUGCCACGGGCCUGAUUUGAGAACGACUCGGAGCAUGCUUGAAUCCAGCCUACGAAUGCCUCCCAGCCAGUCGACCAGAUCAAGUGGAUUGGCUGGGCUCUACUAUUCAAGGCGAAUGAUUCUUCAGGAUUUUCUGCAAGCCUCGGGAGAUGCCGGUACUGCAUCAGGUUCACAAUGCCUUCUUUUCUGCCAAUGUGCAAUAUUUUCGCAGUCCUAUCCAGCAUCCACCUCCAGGCUCCAGGACAACAGUGCUAAGAUGCUUUACCCCUGUACUUACCUCACUUGGGUGUGCGUGAGAAUGCCAGUGCCUCGAAACUAUCGCCCUCGUUUCGUGGGUUCUGGUAGGCGAUUCAGCAUUCGGAGGCUCAGAGAAGUCAAGCCUUCUCACAGACUCUGCGAAAUUGGUAUCCUGGCGCCUAGUGACCUGCUUCGCUUGAGGUCCACUUGUAUGCUCAGACCACCACCUCUUCCCACUUCACCCAGCCCAAGCUUUUUGCCUUUGCCUCUGAUUGUUUGUUACGAUAUGCCAAAUUGGCCUCAAGUUGCCUGGGUCACUUCCGAUCAAAUAGACUGCUGA